UCCUCCCCGGGCCAGCCCAGUGUACCAGAGGUGAUAGAUCUGGUGUUGAAGGAGUGUCGUAAAGACAACCUGGUCUACAAGAUGGCUGCCCUGGGCUGUGCUGCUGACGUCCUGCAGGCCACACAGGAAGACCGCUUCAGUGACAUGGCAGACAUACUCAUACCACUCAUUAAGAAGAACUCUGCAGCAACUUCGAGGUUGAGACAUGAUAGUGAUGACGAUCGGGAUGAGAAGGAGAAGGAGCUGCAGACUGAAGCUCUACUCUGUGCCUUCCAGACGCUGGGCAAGACCUGGCCCAACAACGCACAAACCCAAGAACGUUUCCAGUUGGACCUGUGCUGUCUGAUGUGUGAGAGGUUGAAACUCAGUACAUGGAGGGUCCAGGUGGGGGUGCUACAGUCUAUGAAGACAUACUUCCAGAGGUUGCUACUGUUGGAGAAAGAGAAAGACAACCAGAACUUCACAGCCUUGUCCCUUAUUCUCACUGAGACAUGCAGCGCUCUCACACACCCACUAGAGAAUAAGAGUUACUCCUCUGUGAGGACCGAAGCGUUGUCUGUUGUGGAACUACUGGUGAAGAGGACAGGAGAGAGCGGUCAGUGGGAGUGUGUCUCGGGGAAGAGUCGCGAACAGCUGCAACGUUCACUGUCCACCCUGCAGACAGACAGCAGACCUGACCUACGAGACAAGGCCCAGGAACUACGGAGGAACAUCCAGAGUCAACCCUGAACACACACACACCUACCUAGUCAACCCUGAACACACACACACACACCUACCUAGUCCACCCUGAACACACACACACACACACCUACCUAGUCCACCCUGAAUACACACCCCAGAUCUCUGUGUGGACUAUAAUGUGUAUUGUGUCAAUGGGAGGACGGCUGACUGGGUCAUUUAUAAUUGGAAACGCCAUCUCAACUCACUAUGUAAACAAACAGCACCCUAUUCCCUAUAUAGUGCACUACUGUUGACCAGGUCCCAUAGGAUUCUCUGCUCUGAAGUAGUGCACUUUUGUCGACCAGGGAUCAUCAACUAGAUUCAGCUGUGGGACAAUUUGAUCACAAUGAUUAUAAUUUGACUAAAAACAUCCAUUUUAAAAUCUUGUUUGGAUUUGUAAAGGAUCACAUGCAUCUCUUGGAGACUUUGGAAUAGACCAAACUAAAAUCAGUUCGAGAUGGGUCUUUUUUUUUUUACAGUCUUAACAUACUUUCUUUUUAAAAAAACAAGUCCUGGGCAGUUUGGGAACCUGGAUAAAGGGAAUCUGGUGGCGUUAGGUCCUGUGUAACAGCUUCUAAACAGCUGCCUUCUUUCUCUCCUACAGCAGCCAGUACAGUACACCCCUACUGAUGAACUACAAUGGUACGUCCCACAUGGUGCCCUGAUUCUCUAAACACUACUAGUGGGAAUAAGGGUUGUCAUUUGGGACGUAACCCAGGACGAUACUGCAACUUUAUUUAACACAUUGGUUGUCCACUCCUUGGUCCUGGAGAGCUACUGGGUGGUUGGAGGCUGUUGUUCCAGCCAAUCAGCUCAUUCCACAGAGGGCUGAGUGUUUUCCCUUCUCCCUCGUACUUGAUUGAUGAAUUUAAGGUCACUAAUUAGUAAGGAACUCUCCUCACCUGGUUGUCUAGGUCUUUAGUAAGGAACUCCCCUCACCUGGUUGUCUAGGUCUUUAGUAAGGAACUCCCCUCACCUGGUUGUCUAGGUCUCUAGUAAGGAACUCCCCUCACCUGGUUGUCUAGGUCUCUAGUAAGGAACUCUCCUCACCUGGUUGUCUAAGUCUUUAGUAAGGAACUCUCCUCACCUGGUUGUCCAGGUAUUUAAUUGAAAGGGGAAAAACCUGUGGACACGGUCCUCCAUGGAAUGAGGUGAGCAGGCUUUUGUUCCAGCCCAACACUUGUUAUCACGGUUUGAACUGAAAUAGGUGCCGGAGCUCCACAAUACUGUUGAUAUUCUGUCAGAGAAACCAGUGCUCAGUCCUGGUUAACUCCUGCCUAAGUCCAGCACUGGUCUUGAUGAUAGGUAAUGUUAACUAGUGCUGGGUUGGACCAAAAGCCUGCACCUACCUCUGGAGCUCUUCAGAACUAGAGUUGGUGACCAGUGUCUCUGUCUGAACUUGGUAAUUACUUCUUUCCCCCAGUUUGCAUGUUCAAAAAAUAUAUUUUCAGCCAUGUUGAUUAGAAACCCAACAUUGAACAGUGGGGGUUGGUUGGUGUGAGAGGGAGGCAUGGAAUUCUUGUGAAUUUGUCUCCAAAAAUAAAUAAAUAAAUAAAUAAAACAACCUUGAGCUUUGAAGACGUCAUUAUUUGGGUUUUAAACUACGCCAGACUGUGUUUGUGAAAAGGGGGCUUUUAUUAUAAACAACAAGACAUUCAAAUACAUGGCGCAGAACAGUAUAUUUCAGACACACAAACCUCUGUAUACAAGGACAGAAGAAUUGCUAGAUGCAGGUUUCAUGUUAAGCCAGACGGCUAGUUGAAUGGACAACUAAAUAA